AAAUUCUCACUAGGAGUGAGCAUGAGUGUUUUUCUGUCGCUUCUUUUUGCUCACUUGAGUUUUACUUCCUGUUUUCCUCUUGACUGAGCUGCAAGCGUCUCUUUGAAAGACAGGUCUCCAUCAACAUAUCGCGGUACCACAGGAAGAAACUUUAUUUCUACAAAUGGCUCUCUGGUGGCUAAGCUGCAGCACUGUGGCGUUGCUGCUCUUGGUUCAUGUCACCCCUGUCAUCACACAGUCAUCCUGCAGUGCAGGAAUUGCUGGAAUUCCUGGGAUACCAGGCACCCAUGGGCCCAACGGGAAGGAUGGUCCGAAAGGGGAGAAAGGAGAUCUAGGUGAAACUGGUCAGCACAACAGGGGCAAAAUAGGUGCACCAGGUCUGCAGGGCCCUCCAGGACGGCCUGGUUUGAAGGGAGACGAGGGUCUGCCUGGACUUACCGGAUAUCCAGGCCUUAAAGGGGAGAAGGGAAGCCCCUUUAACCCUUCUAACCAGCAGAAAUCCUUCUUCUCCUGCAAACGGACUGUAACACAAAUACCAGAGGUUGACACUGCCAUCGAGUUUGACAGUGAGAUUUUGCCCAACUUGGCCCCACAGUUUAGAGGAGAAUUGCUGACGAAUGGAUCGUUCAUUUGUUCCGUCAAAGGCACCUAUUUCUUCAGUUACCACAUAUCAGCAAAGAGCAAAGUUUGUGUGAAGCUGGUGAAGAAUGGCGGGAGUGAAAUGACACUGUGUGACAUGUCUGAGGGUUAUCUGGUCACCUCCGGCUCUGCGGUCCUGCAGCUGAAUGCUGGAGAUGAAGUUUCUCUGCAGGCAACCAAGUUCAACAACAUUGUGACAAAGUUGGGCAGCGCCAGCCACACCUUCACCGGCUUCCUGCUUUUCCCUACCGAAUAAAGCCUGUUACGAUUAAAUGAGCUAUUAGUAUCUUGUAUGAUCACAUAAACAGAUCAAUAAAGGCUGGCUCUGUACUGAACAAUUUAACUGUAAGUCAAGUGUAUAUUCAGCAACCCACGCAUGAACUUUGUUACUUUAAUACAACAAAUUAAUCUUUUUUUUUACAUUUUUUUAAUUUUUACAAAAAGUGAUGCACCUCUUGUAAAAUUAAACAAGCUACAAUGA